AUGUUUUCGGAUCUCUACCGAGCGAUGACGGUGGCUGAGAGAUAUGCGUACACCAAACCCGUUGUUAUAAGAGGUGCAACAGAUAACACAGUUUUUCAAGAUAAUUGUAGAAGAGAUGAAAUGUUGGAGAAAUUUGGUGACAAGAGAAUCAGACUGAGUUCUGCUAAUACAUAUUCUUAUAGUAAAGCUGAUGUUACUUUAUCAGAGUAUGUAGAAAAUAUUUUAAAACCACAGAAACUUGGACAACUAGGAAAUGAAACUUUUUAUUGGUUUGGAGACAAUAACUACACAGAAUGGGAAGAAUUAUUUAACAUCUAUAAACCUCCUCCCUACCAGGUUCCCAGAAUGACUGGCGCUUAUAGUUUUGGUAUGGCAGGGGCCGGAACUGGUGUACCAUUCCAUUUUCAUGGGCCUGGUUUUGGUGAAGUUGUAUUUGGAAGAAAGAGAUGGUUCAUGUACCCGCCAGAAAAAACACCUAGUUUUCACCCGGAUAAAACAACAUUACAAUGGUUAACAGAUGAUUACAGUAAACUUCACCCAGAUGAUUUACCAUCUGAGUGUACUAUUAACAAGGGGGAGUUGAUAUAUUUUCCUGACAGAUGGUGGCAUGGUACGUUGAAUAUAGACACCAGUGUUUUUAUAUCUACAUUCCUGGCCUACACGUGA